CAUCGCGAGACCCAAUGGAGAGAGACCCCUUCCAGAAGUGGUGCCCAAUGACUGUGCCCACCCGCAAGGGUGAGUGGGGUUGGUGGGAUUGUCACAGGUGUAUUUCCAUAGGUGAGCGACCAGAUAUCGCGAGACCCAAGGUAAACCCCAUCGGAAGUGACGUCCAAAAGCAGUGCCCACUCUCGAGGGUAGGAGGGGGGUUUGUAGGAGGAAUAAUUACAUCUCUGAGCGACAAGGUAUCACACGCAACAGCGAAGGUGAGAGACAAGGUAUCUCGAGACCUAUGGUAGAACACUUCCAGAAAGGACAUCUCCUUAGCUUUUACUGCCCUCGAGGCCUUCUGGGUGGAAAAGAGGCAGCAUAUACAUCCCUUCUGUUGAAGAGACAAGCCUGCCUGCAUACGUCACAUCCCUGGUUUCUAAAUUCCUUGUCUGUGAGCACAGAGACUUCAUGCCCUCCACAGGCUGCGUGUCAUCUUGGGAGUCCUGUCUGACCCAGGAAGGUUCCAGCCAUGUCAAACAAGGAACAGAAGGCCAUGAAGAAAAGUGCCAAGCGCCCGAGGGUAGAUAAGACCCAUUCAUCAGAUGACUCCAAGAACCCAGAUGCAGCCAACCCUGGGAACCUGUUCAGAAGAGGAGGCAGGAUUUCGAAGAGGAAGCAGUUUGAAAAGGAUGUAAAUGCCUCUUUCAGAAGCCUGAAUGAAAACCUCCAGGGUAUUUUGAAAGCUCAGCAGAAGUCAAGAAGCAAAGUCAGAAUGGUGGAGAAUCCCUACCUUCUAGACCUGUGUAUUGAAUGGUUUCAGUUUUGGAAAUGUUCCUUGCUGUGGAACGCUCUACAGCAGGAGCUGAUAUAUGGUCUGCUCUGUCAUUCUUAUUUGGUUGAUAAUGUAGUGUCACAAUGUGGGGAGUCACUGACUGAUGAGGGAGGUUUAGGUGAAAAACUCCUUUGGAAAGAUGUGUUCCCUUGGAAGCUAAUCUACGUGCCCAUUGAGUUUGACAAAAAGGUCAUGUCUUCAGCCUUGAUCAUGAAUGAUAGAACCCACAAAACAGCACGGGAAGCAAUUGCUUUUAUGACUCAGCAGCAAAUGAAGAUUUUACAGACGGCUAUAGAGGACCAUGAAACCAAGCUUGAAAACGCGAAAGAUAUGUGUGACACAUUUUUGAAGAAAGCCAACGACUUGAGUAAACAUCGCAAAGCCUUUAUUGGUGGUCGGCAAACUAAUGUGGAGAGGGAAAUCUCCAAGGUGCAGGACAGAGUUAUCAUGGAAACUCAAGAGCAAGAUGUGUCCAUUGUUGAAACAUACCUGCAGUCCCUGAUCCUUGACCGCUCUGAAGAAACCAUCUGAAGCUCACACAUAGGAUGCACAGGGAAGGGAGCAUUAGCCCCGCUAAGAAGACAUUAGUAGUAGUCAGUGCAGCUCCUUUCUCUUUACUCUGUUUGUUAAAAUUGAGACUGAGACUCUGUUAAUCUUUAAGUGAACUCCCAGCAGUUCUGUGAGUAGCAACAGUUAAGUGUGGAACGUCCAGGCCCAGGACAGCAAGGGAGAGAUAUGUUCUGCCCAGUGGUGGCAAUUACAUUUUGGAAGCAAAUGUCAUUUGAUUUUGUGGUUGGUUCUCUGCCACUUCCCCAAAGUGAAUGUUACCUUACUUAUUUUAGGGAGAAGUGAAUAAAUAUGGGACCUGUUUUGCUGUG